AUGGCGGAAGCUGUCAUCAUCAGCAUCGCCGGAGACAUCAUUUCUAAUCUGCUUGCUCAAGCACUAAAAAAGGUGGGAAAUCUAUGCGGCGUCAAACAAGAAAUCGAGAUGCUCAGGGACAGAGUUUCCAGGCUUCGGGCUGUACUGGACCACGCAGAAGAGCAAUACUACCACAGCCCCGAAAUUCAAGUUUGGCUUGAGAAACUGAAAAACGCUUUCUAUGACGCGCAUGAUGUGCUUGAAGAACUCAAUAUAGAAGCUCUGCAACGAGAAUUGAGAGGCCACAAUGAAGUGAUCAAGGAGGUAAGGACAUUCUUCUCGAGUUCAAACCAGCUUGCUUUUAAUCUGAAGAUGAGUUACAAAGUUAGAGUAGUGAGAGAGAGAAUAGAAGCCAUUAAGGCUGAUAGGGGACUCCACUUGGAGGAGCGCCCUGUAUAUUCGCGAGUAGAGGGACAGUGGAGGAAGGGAGAAGAGACGCAUUCAUAUAUAAGUGAGGGAGAUAUGAAAGGCAGAGAUGAUGACAAAAGGACGAUUAUAAAAAUUUUGUUGGAUCCAAACAUGGAAGAGAACGUUUCCAUUGUUCCAAUAGUUGGAAUUGGUGGGCUUGGAAAAACAGCACUUGCUCAAUGUGUCUAUAAUGAUGAGAUGAUUAAUAAGCAUUUUGACUUGAAUAUGUGGGUCUGUGUCUCCAAUGACUUUGAGGUGAAAAAAAUAGUCACAAAUAUCAUAACUUGUGCAAAGAAGAAAGAACCCAGUGAGGUUGCAAUGGAACAGUUGCAAAUUGAAUUGAGGGAAGAAAUUCAUGGGAAGAGAUAUCUUUUAGUUUUAGAUGACUUGUGGAAUGAGGAACUAGAAAAAUGGUUGAGCUUGAGAAAAUUAUUGAUGGGAGGUGCUAGAGGAAGCAAGAUCCUUAUAACUACACGUCUUCCUUCGGUUGCGAAGAUCACCGGCAACACUCCGCCCCAUUUUCUCGGGGGCUUAUCUGAAAGUGCUUCUAUUGAUUUAUUAAUGCAAAUGGCUGGUCGAAAGUUAGAGGAGAUGCAAGAUUUUGACAUGCUAGCCAUCAUCAAAGAAAUAGUUAGAAAGUGCUCUGGGGUUCCAUUGGUUAUUCGAACUGUUGGGGGUUUACUAUCCUUUAAAGAAAGUAAACAUGAAUGGUUGCCAUUCAAAGAAAAUGAGCUCGCAUAUGUGUCUCAAAGGGAAGACAACAUAAAAUCAGUUUUUAAGCUAAGUUAUGACCAUCUUCCUUCGCAUUUGAAGCAAUGUUUUGCAUUGUGUUCAUUGUUUCCCAAAGAUUAUGAGAUAAAUAAGCAGACUUUGGUCAAUCUUUGGAUGGCAGAAGGAUUUAUCCAGCCCUCGCAUAGAAAUCAACACUUAGAAGACAUUGCCCAUAGAUGUUUCGUGGAUCUACUUUGGAGUAAUUUCUUCCAAGACUUUAAGAAAGAUCCAAACACGGAUGAAGAGACCUGCAAGAUGCAUGAUUUGAUGCAUGAUCUAGCCUGCUUAGUUGCAGGGAUUGAGUGUUGGGUGGCUUGGGAUGAUAGAAAAUCCAUACCCGAAAGAGCUCGUUAUAUAUCUCAUAAUACAUCUUCCAAUUUGAUGGGUAAACUUCCAAUUUCACGCUUGAAAGCGCGUGCUCCGAGAACAAUUAUAUCUACUAUUGAAUAUAGGGAAAUAGGACGAGAAUCAAUGAGCGAAGCCGAUCUACGAGAACUCAUUCAAAGUUUCAAGAGGUUGCGCAUCUUGGAUCUGCAUGCCAUGAAUGUUGAGAAGGUGCCAAGGUCCAUUUAUAAAGCUCUUGCUAAGAAUUGUUGCGAACUUGAGGAGCUGAAAGGGCUUAAUAACAUUCGAGGGAGCCUUAGCAUUGAAAAUCUGCAAAGCGUGAUAGAUGCAGAAGCAGAAUAUGAGGCAGCGAACUUGAUAGGGAAGCAUUCUUUGGAAUCUUUGGCACUUGAUUGGGGUCGUUUCGAUGCGGAUGAUGUAGUAAUUGGGAAUAAGGAUGAAGUUUUAUUAGAUGGAUUGAGGCCGCACUCGAAUCUGCAUAAGUUGACAGUCUAUGGAUAUAAAGGUAAGAGGUUUCCAAGAUGGAUGACGGAUGGAUCUUCCUUCCCCAAUUUAGCUGGGUUUAGCCUGUAUGGUGGAGAAAGGUAUAAACAUUUCCCUCAACUUGGCCUUAACAAGUUAAAGACUCUAUCUCUCUGGAGGAUGGAGUUUCUAGAGUGUUUGCCUGAAGAGUGUUUGAAAAGUCUCACCUCGUUUGAAUCUCUUGACAUCAGACAUUGUCCUCGGUUAACUUCCCUCUCACAAGGUAUGAGACAUCUAUCCAACCUGGUGGAUCUCACUAUCAUAAGUUGUGGGGAGCUGGAUAUAUCCAAAGACGAAAGCGGCAACAUCAUCAUCUUGGAUGAUUCCCAUGGAGGAGGAGGACUUCUUCACAGUCUCCGCUCCGUGGACAUCCGAUACCUUCCCAAAUUGGAAUCUCUCCCACACUGGCUUCUACAGCUCAACAAUCUCGAGCAUCUCCAAAUUUGGAGUUGCAUCAAUUUGAAGGAAUUACCAAAGCAGAUGGGGGCCCUUCAAUCCCUUCAAUGGCUUGAAAUCAUCCGGUGCCCCUCGCUGACGUCAUUACCCGAAGGAAUGCGAAGGCUUGUCUCCCUUACUCACCUACACAUUGAACGUUGCCCAGAAUUGGAGCUGGAUAUAUCCAAAGACGAAAGAGGCAACAUCUUGGAUUUCCAUGGAGGAGGACUUCUUCACAGUCUCCGCUCCGUGGACAUCAAUUACCUUCCCAAACUAGAAUCUCUCCCUCAGUGGCUUCCACAGCUCAGCAAUCUGGAGCGUCUCCAUAUUUCCUUUUGCCUCAAUUUGAAGGAAUUACCAGAGCAGAUGGAGGCUCUUCAGUCACUUGAACGGCUUGAAAUCGAAUGGUGCCCCUUGCUGACAUCAUUGCCCGAAGGAAUGCGGAGGCUUGCAUCCCUUACUCACCUAAUAAUCCACAAUUGCCCUGAAUUGGAGGCGAGGUGCAAAAGAGAUGCAGGCGAGGACUGGCACAAGAUUGCCCAUAUACCCAACAUAUAUUCCUACUGA